AUGUUGCGGAGUGCGCCCGCAGUUCCAUCGGUCGGCCCAGGAGAUGUGCGCACAAAUGUGCUCCUAUCAUCCCCAAGGGGCAAUGGAUGGGUCUCACUCCCAGGAAGGCCACGCGCAAGGUCUGCUGCUCAGAGGAUCCCAAGAGCUUCCUAUCCUGACCUGUCCUGGGACCAGGUGGCAGCAUCUGUGCUAGCAGGCAUAGCGUGCGCCACAGCUGUGUCUGAAUCGAAGGGAAGGCGUCCUUCAGAUAGAUCUCGUGAUUUGGAUGAACCCAGUUGGCGCGAGUUCCGCGCGCGCCUGGUGCAGAAGGAGCAGGCAGCUGGCGGCAAGGACAUGUCUGACGCCGAAGAUGCCGGCUGGUUGCACUCCACAACACUGAUUGAGAAAGGCUCGGUGUUGAUCUCCCGUGCCGGGGACAAUUUCACCCUAGAUCAGCAGUACUUCCUGCACGCGGUCAUCCUGAUCCUCAAGAGAGACGAGGGCGGCGACGUGGGCGUGAUCUUGAAUCGGCCUUCACAGUGCACAGUGGACGACCUUGGAGGGUCAAAGCUCAACGCAUUCCAGGAGGCAGAACUUCAAUUGCGGAAGCUGUUGGCUAGCUUUGGCGGCCUUGCGGUGGAGGAGCAUCCAUGGCAAGUGUCCUACGGCGGUCCAAUGCAUUCGGCAAGAGACGUGGAACGUGACCAGCCGACGCUCCUUUGUCUUCACCGAUGUGACCAGGAAGGAGAAGGGAUGGACAAAGGUGAUGAGAUCAUCCCUGGCAUCCGCUGGGUACCUUUCAGCCGUGCAAGGGAAAUGGUGGCAGCAGGCAUUGCCAGGCAGGAGGAGUUCCUGGUGCUCUCAGGGUACUGUGGCUGGAGCCGUGGUCAGCUCCAGGAGGAGUUGGAGGCUGGCCACAGCUGGCUGCUAGCGGCAGCCGAUCAACAGGCACUCUUCGGAGGAAGGUUCCAAGCCAGCACGCCUGACCUCGGCAUGAGACAGUGGGAGCGCCUACACGAACAGUUGUUCGAUUUGGCUUCCAGCGUAGACCGCUUUGAUGAUCAGACUGCCAGAGCCGCCCUCGAGCGGUGGAUGACAGACUUGAAGCCAGAGCAGUUGAACCCAUCGCUGAAGGUUUCCUCGCCUUUGCUUCGGUCUCAAACCAUCACGGCCGGCCGCCUCCUGCGCGGAUCAGCUUCAAGUUGGAUCCUCGGGGGUCCGCCAGAGCUAAGACCUGCCAAGCCCAAAAGCAGGGGACAGCCACCAGCGCAGUACCUCCACAAGGCCGUGCUCCUGGUGCUAGCUGAUGUCGCGCCAGAUUCGCCCUCCGUACUGGUGCUCCUGACGGGCCCGAAGAUUGGAGAGCUUCCAAAGGGCAAAGGCGACGUGUUUUUUGGAGGGUGGGCGCAGCCAAAGAAGACGCAUGAGGUGCUUCAGGUACCAGGUGGCUACAUCUGGGGCCAGCUGACCUUCGCUCCAGGCGUGUUGGAAGAGCUCCUGGACUCAGGUGCGAUCGAAGAGGCUCGCGGCUCCACACUGCAGGAGGUCCUGGCAGCUCCUCCGGCCUUGCGGUGGGCUACAGCGGGAGGCUGCAUCGACAGCAUCAAUGAGGCAUCGGCUGCUCUCCUGGGCACUGCCCAGCAGAAGCAGUGGUACCGGCGCUACUUGGGAAUAGCUGUCGAAGAGCUCCGUGGGGACUGA